CUUGAAAGUAACAUAUGAUUGAGUAAUAAAUAUGUACAGAGAUACAAGUGUGUAAAGAGCUAAUUUCUAAUUGUGUUUAUUUCAGCUUUUGAAUGUGCUCAUUCAUAGUUUUUGGGUCAUAUCCAUGUCUCACAACUGACCUUUUACAACAGAAUCUUCUUUUCAGGGGGAUGCCCUUUGCUUCUCAGAUGUAAUGCACCUUAUGUUUAUUUUUCAACAGUGAAAAUGAGUCAUACAGAGGUUAAAUUAAAAAUACCUUUUGGAAGUAAAUUACUGGAUGCCGUUUGUUUGGUACCUAACAAGAACAUAGCAUAUGGAAUAAUUCUUACACAUGGAGCAUCAGGAGAUAUGAAUCUUCCUCAUUUGAUGUCACUGGCAUCCCAUCUUGCAUCUCACGGGUUUUUUUGCCUGAGAUUUACUUGCAAAGGCCUUAAUAUUGUACAUAGAAUUAAGGCAUAUAAAGCAGUUUUGAGUUACCUGAAGACCUCAGGAGAAUACAAACUUGCUGGUGUUUUUCUUGGAGGUCGUUCGAUGGGCUCAAGAGCAGCUGCUUCUGUAAUGUGUCAUACUGAGCCAGAUGAUGCUGUUGAUUUUGUUCGAGGUCUCAUUUGUAUUUCUUACCCACUGCACCAUCCAAAGCAGCAGCAUAAACUCA